AUGGCCACAGAGGACCCUGUGGAACAUCUCCAGCAUGAAGUUGCUUGUCCUGUCUGUCUGGAGUAUUUUAAGGACCCAGUGAUCAUAGACUGUGGGCACAAUUUCUGCCGAGCCUGUAUCGUCCAGGGCUGGGAGCAAUUGGCUACAGCCGCCUCCUGCCCUCAGUGCAGAGAAACUGUACAACAGGGAAACCUCAGGCCAAACAGGCAGUUGGCAAACAUGGUAGCAAUCACCAAGCGACUGAGUUUACAAGCAGCAAAGGGAGCAGGAGGGGACGGGGUGUGUGGGGAACACCUGGAGGCUCUGAAACUGUUCUGUGAAGAGGAUCAAACCCCCAUCUGUGUGGUGUGCGACAGAUCCCGGGCUCACCGCGCUCACACGGUGGUUCCCAUACAGGAGGCUGCUCAGGAGUACAAGGAAAAAAUCCAGGCCCAGUUGAAGACUCUGAGGGAAGAGAGAGAAAAGCUCCUGGGAUUUAAAGACACUGGAGAGGGGAAAAGCCGGGAGUAUCUGAAACAGAUACAAGAGGAGAGGCAGAAAAUUGUUUCUGAAUUUCAGCAACUGAGGCAGUUCCUGAAGGAACAAGAGCGACUUUUGCUGGUCCGGCUGGAAAAGAUGGACAAGGAGAUAGUGAAGAUAUGGAAUGAAAAUAACACCAAACUCUCCGAGGAGAUUUCCCAUCUCAGUGAGCUGAUCAGUGAGCUGGAAGGGAAGUGUCAGAAGCCAGCGAGUGAAUUCCUGCAGGAUGUCAGAUGCACCUUGAGGAGGUGUAAGAAGGAGAAGUUCCAGCAGCCAGUGGACAUUUCUCCUGAACUGGAAGUGAGACUCAACUAUUUCUCUCAGAAAACUGUUGCCCUAAUGGAGAUUCUGAGGAAAUUCAAAGACACUCUGCCGUCUGCACUAGAGACAACAAAAGCGGGAUCCCUAGGAGCACACACACAGGCGAAUGUGACUCUGGAUCCAGACACGGCUCAUCCCAACCUUGUCUUGUCUGAGGAUUUGAGAAGUGUAAAGUGGGAAGAAAUACAGCAGGAUCUGCCUGACAACCCUGAGAGAUUUGACACUGAGCCCUCCGUGCUGGGCUGGGAGGGAUUCACCUUGGGGAGACAUUGCUGGGAGGUGGAGGUGGGGGAUAGGGGAGGUUGGGUUGUGGGGGUGGCCAAAGAGUCUGUGAGGAGGAGGGGAGAGAUCCGCCCCGAAGAGGGGAUCUGGGCUGUGGGGUAUGUAUUGGAUCAGUUCUGGGCUCUCACCUCCCCUGCGACCCCCCUGCCCCUGAGUUGGGUCCCCAGCAGGAUCCGGGUUUGUCUGGACUGUGACCGGGGGCAGGUGACAUUUAUCGAUGCUGGUGACGAGGCCCCGAUCUUCACUUUCCCGCCGGGCUCCGUCCCUGGGGAGAGAAUCCGACCCUGGCUCUGGGUGCUGGGGGUAGGGGCCCAGCUCAGACUGUGUCCCUAAGACACGGGAGCGGCGGAGGCACACGACCAUCCCUAG